AAUACCCUAAUUUGUUUAUCUUCAUCAGACAUUUCAGCUAUAACUACCUCUGGGUUAGAUGGUUCCCAGAUAUUCUGUGAUAUUUAUCAGUAUCGUCCUUUUACAAAUACAGUUACUUUAUUUAUGGUCUAAUACCUGUUUUUCCUCCCCCAGGAGAAGUCAGAUUCUAAAAAUAUUUUUUCCCUUCUCUAUGGACUUGGCAUAAAAUUAGUUUUGUUUGUGUUUUGGGUUUAUUUUCUAAAUAGCAACAUAAACCCAUAUCUGUUACAAAGAAAUUGGGCACUUAAACCAUGAGUUGUGGAAAAGAGUUUGUGGAAACAUUAAAAAAAAUCAAUUAUCCCAAAGCUGAUACUCUUAAUGGGGAAGAUUUUGACUGGUUGUUUGAGACUGUUGAAGAUGAAUCAUUUCUGAAGUGGUUUUGUGGGAAUGUGAAUGAACAGAAUGUAUUGUCUGAAGAAGAAUUGGAAGCUUUUAGCAUUCUUCAAACAUCAGGCAAGCCUAUCCUAGAAGGAGCAGCAUUGGAUGAAGUUCUUAAAACCUGUAAAACUUCUGAUUUGAAGACAUGUAUCUUGGAUGACAAAGAGCUAGAGAAAUUAGAGAUUGAGGUUCAAACUCUGCAGAAGUUAAAGAACCUAAAAAUUCAGCGACGUAAUAAAUGCCAGUUGAUGGCUUCGGUAACAAGCCACAAAUCUCUGAGGUUAAAUGCUAAAGAAGAAGCGGCCACUAAAAGGCUGAAGCAGAGUCAAGGAAUUCUAAAUGCUAUGAAUACUAAGAUAAAUAAUGAACUUCAGGCUCUUACUGAUGGAGUUGCAAAAUUGAUGAUGUUUUUCAAACAUUCUAAUUUGGAUCAAGGGACAAAUCCACUGGUGUUUUUAUCUCAGUUUUCCUUGGAAAAAUAUCUAAGCCAGGAAGAGCAGAGCACAGCAGCAUUAACUUUAUAUACCAAAAAACAGUUCUUUCCGGGUAUACAUGAAGUAGUUGAAAGUUCAAAUGAAGAAAAUUUUCAACUUUUAGAUAUACAAGCACCAUCUAUUUGUGAUAGUCAGGAAGUCCUCGAGGAGAGAUGGCUAGAGAUGGCUAGGCUGCAGCUAGCUUACGUUUGUGCUCAACAUGAGUUAAUUCACUUGAAAGCAAGUAAUUUGAGCAUGAAGUCGAGUAUACAGUGGGCAGAGGAGAAUCUUCAUAGCCUCACUAGCAAGGCUCUUGGCAAAGAUAAUUUGGAUGCUAAAAUUUCUAACUUGAAUAGUGAGAUUCUGAAACUUGAAGAACAAAUCUCUCAUAUGAAAGAUAAAAGUUUGCCUGCUGUGGUAAGAGAGAAUGCCCAGUUAUUGAAUAUGCCAGUUGUAAAGGGAGAUUUUGAUCUACAGAUUGCUAAACAAGACUAUUAUACAGCAAGACAAGAGUUAGUUUUAAAUCAGUUGAUAAAGCAAAAGGCAUCUUUUGAACUUCUACAAUUAUCAUAUGAAAUUGAAUUGAGAAAGCAUUGGGACAUAUAUCGUCAACUUGAAAAUUUGGUUCAAGAGCUUAGUCAAAGUAAUAGGAUGCUCCACCAGCGAUUAGAAAUGCUAACAGACCCAUCAGUAUCUCAGCAGAUAAAUCCAAGGAAUACCAUUGAUACCAAGGACUUUUCUACUCAUAGGCUUUAUCAACUUUUAGAAGGAGAGAAUAAGAAAAAAGAAUUAUUUAUAACCCAUGGAAACCUGGAGGAAGUGGCUGAGAAAUUAAAAAAGGAUGUUUCUUUAGUACAAGAUCAGUUGGCAGUAUCUACUCAAGAACAUUCUUUCUUUCUGUCGAAACUGAAUAAUGAUGUGGACAUGCUUUGUGAUACUUUGUAUCAAGGAGGAAAUCAGCUUUUGCUUAGUGAUCAGGAGUUAACAGAGCAGUUUCAUCAAGUUGAAUCCCAACUGAAUAAGCUAAAUCAUCUUCUUACUGAUAUUCUUGCUGAUGUGAAGACAAAAAGAAAAAUUUUGGCAUCUAAUAAACUGCAUCAAAUGGAAAGAGAAUUAUAUGUAUAUUUUUUAAAAGAUGAAGAUUAUCUGAAAGAUAUUGUGGAGAAUUUAGAAAACCAAUCAAAGAUUAAGGCUGUUGGUCUUGAAGAUUGAAAAUUACUAAAAACUGAGUCUUUACUACAUAUGCUGUUUUAAUAUUUUAUAUAUUAGGAAAAUAUAGCUAAUAAAC